AUGUCCUGGACUCACAAAGAAACACAGGGCUAUGGAAUGAAGGGCAAGCUCACUCUCCGGCACCAAGCUCUCUGGGGUGAUUUUUCUUCUAGAAGAGUCCACUGGGACAGUUCCCACGCACCCACCAGGACUCCGAUUCUCCCCAGUCGCCAAGGAUGGGGUCAUGGCGCCCCGGACCCUCCUUCCGCUGCUCUGGGGAGCCCUGGUCCUGACCCAGACCUGUGCCGGCUUCCACUCCUUGAGGUAUUUCCACACCGCCACGUCCCGGCCCGGCCGCGGGGUGCCCCCGCUUCAUCUCCGUGGGCUAAGUGGACGACACGCAGUUCGUGCGGUUGGACAGCGACGCCGCGAGUCCUAGGAUGGAGCCGCGGGAGCCGUGGAUGGAGCAGGAGGGGCCGGAAUAUUGGGAGAAGACAGGGACCGCCAAGACCAACGCACAGUUUACCGAAUGAACCUGCGGACCCUGAGCGGCUACUAGAACCAGAGCGAGGCCUGGCCAGGGUCUCACACCAUCUAGAGGAUGCCUGGCUGCGACAAGGGGUCCGACGGGCGCCUCCUCCGGGAGUAUCACCAGCUCGCCUACGACGGCAGGGAUUACAUCGCCCUGAACCAGGACCCGUGAUCCUUGACCGCCGCAGACACGGCGGCUCAGAUCACCCAGCUCAAGUGGGAAGCUGCCGGCGAGGCGGAGGUUCAUCCUCACAGGGGGGCUGCCAGCCACACCGAGUCAUGGACAGGUCUCCACAGACACAACUUAGUACCAGCUUGGAUGAAACCCUCUGAGGAACGGGGGCCAGCUUUCAGGAUGUGCUGCGCGUAUUAAAUCAAAGACGUCUCUAUGGUGCUGUGUUUACAGAAGGAAGAACACGUGGGUCCAAAAACCAUGAAAUUGAAACAGGUAUGGCUCCAUGUCUCAUCCCUUCUACUCACCCUCAGGGUGAUUUUGCACUUCUCAUCUCCAAUAUCGGGGCUCUGCAGGGGAGGAGGUCCUGGUUUCCCAAAGGGGGCACCCUGGCAAGGAGACAAAUGAGAGUCCAUGGACCUACAUCUUAUGGUUGCCCCCAGGGAUGUUUGAAUAGUAUGUGUCCAGACACAAGCAGGUGAGAAGAGGAGGAGGCAGGGCUGCUAUCACACAAGGAAGGCAGAAGUGUGUGUGGAAAUAAGAGAUCCACGUGGAGGCCUUAUGCUUCCCCUUGUCCUGUGGUAAGUUUGAGCAGAAUCAUCCAGCAACCGCAGCCUGAGAGGGUUUGAUACUCAAGAGCCCAGAACCCUCAGGAAGGAAGGACUGAGUGAUACACCUAGAUAAUGUCCCAAGGCUCCGCUCCUGUGCUCUGACAUCCUCAGAAGGGUUAGUGCAGAAGCCCUGCUUCCCAUGGGCUGUUCCCAGCCAGUGACCGGUCACAGCAGGCGCACUAAGGCAGGCCAUUACUGGGAGACACGGGACUCCUCUGAUGGCCAACUGUGGCUGGAGGACUCCUCCAUGGCCUUGCUCAACCCUCCUUAGAUUGCCUGUGCUCUAGGAUGUGUCGAACAAACCUCCUCUCCUUCUGUCCAGCACUUGGUGUCACACUCGCAUUGUGGUCUGCUGCCUUUUCCUGGGAUUUCUG